AUGAAAACGAGGAACCCGAUUGUGGUGCAGCGCAAGAACGGCCCGCCGCGGUUUCUGCACGUGAACUUCAACCAGGACCAGGAGUGCUUCAGCUGCGCGACGGAAAAGGGGUUCGAGAUAUACAACACGGACCCCAUCCAGUGCAGCGUGAAGCGGCGGUUCUCGCACAAUGGGAUGUCGGGCAUCGGCUACACGCGGAUGCUGUACCGGACAAACUACAUCGGGCUGGUGGGCGGGGGCGCGAGCCCGCGGUUCUCAACGAACAAGAUAGCGAUCUGGGACGACAUCCAGCAGCGGGACUCGGUGUCGAUUCGGUUCAACUCGCCGGUGCACGAGCUGUUUCUGUCGCGGCAGUACAUCGUGGUGGUGCUGGCGCAGAGCAUCGACGUGUACACGUUCAGUGGGAGCCCCUCGCGGGUGUGCCCGGUGAUCAGCAACAUCCACAAUGGGAUUGCGGACUUCGUGACGUGCAGCAAGAUGCGGCGCGCGAGCGGCCCGCAGGACGUGGAGCAUGCGCUGUCGCAGAAGCAUGUGAUUGCGGGGAUCCUGGCGUACCCGUCGGGGAUCCGCCCGGGCCAGAUCCACAUCGCGGACCUGUCAAACAUCCAGACGCCGAGCGUGGCGGACGCGUCGGCGACCCACCUGCCGACUUCCAUCAUCAAGGCGCACAAGAACCCGAUUCACCUGGUCAAGCUGAGCCCGCAGGGGACGAUGGUGGCGACGUGCUCUGUGGAGGGGACGCUGAUCCGCGUGUUCAGCAUCGCGAGCGGCUCGCUGAUCCACGAGUUCCGGCGCGGGCUGGACCGGGCACUCAUCUAUGACAUGCAGUGGAACGGGAAGGGCGACAAGCUGGCGGUCGUGAGCGACAAGUUCACGCUGCACAUCUUCCAGAUCAACGAGGACCUGGACAAGCGGCACUUACUGAAAGGCUGGUUUCCUAAAGUUAAAUAUCUACAGGGCGUGUGGAGCAUGUGCUCCACGAAGCUGGAUCGCAGCCUGCUGACGCAUGACGAGGACACGUGCAAGGUCGGCUGGAUCGGGGACGAGGCGCUCAGCUUGCUGUGGCAGAAGAGCGGCAUGUGGGAGAAGUACGUGAUCAUGGAAAAGCUGCGCGAGUACAAGGUCGACGAGACGCUGCACUCCGGCGCGCCGGACGGCAGGCGCCAGCUCUACGACCUGGUGCGCGAGAGCUGGCGCCAGCUAUAG